AUGGGCCCUGCCUGGAUAUACCCGGUUUAUGAUCCCCUAAUACCCCUGAGAGGACAAAAAGUCGAAGAACGCCGCCGAGACAUUAAUGAGUAUUACUCUCACCCUGUGCGCUUUCUGAGAAAACCGCUUGAUCGUUUGGGAAAAAGAGACCCUAGAGCACUGCACGACAAACAUGAACGUGAACCGUGUUACGGGCUAAAGGAUAUCCUGUCUAGUCCUACGAUAGUCAACCCUGGCCGUGGUAUUCGUGCGAUACCGGAGAUUUUCUAUGAACUGGGGUCGAGGGCAAACUGUGCAAGUGAGGCUAGAGUGAGCUAUGAAUAUACGGCGAUCUACCUGGAAUGGCUUACUAGGGUGUUGAUGCUCUGA